AUAGUUGUUCAACUUCAUUUUGUUGGCAACAAUGGUGAUCUGAAUAUAACCUAAAAAAAUAGCAAUAAUAAAUGAAAAUUUUAAUUGUCUGUUCGUAGUACAUUCAUUUUGGAAUUAUUAUAAUAAUUUACUCAAGACAGUGCAUACGUAAUUAAUUUUAGUAAUACUUCUAUUUAUUUGUAAUCGAACUAUAAUGUUAAAAGUCAUACGGAAAAGUUAUUUUCGGAGAGAUAUGUUUUUGACAGUAUUCAUUCAAAAGAAGAAUUUUUUAACUAAUGAAUAUCAGUGUACUGAUGCCUGGAAUAAACAAAUCUCGUCGCCUCUACUAAACAGAAUAAACCUUACAGAUUUUUACAAUACACUAGAUCAACAAGUUUCAUCAAAAGGUGUUAUUAGUGCUCUUGAUGUUGAUAUUUUUGCUAAUGCGGUAAAAGACCCCGUCUAUCUAGAAGAACUGAAGGAUCUCUUGCUUAAACUGAGGCUCUCUGCAGAAACUGGUAAUAUGUUGGAAUCCACACAUCAUGCCACUAUUAGACAUUUUAUCGAAUUUGAACGAAUUGAGGAAUUAAUUGCAAUUUUAAAGGACCCCCUUAAUUUUGGAUUAUUCCUUGAUGAUUACACUGCAAAUAUUUUAUUAGAUAAACUUAUAACGUCGUCAAAGUAUGAGCAAGCGGCUACGGUGGCUUCACUAGUUAUGCUGCAAGAGGAAUAUAAUAAUGACAUAACUUGUGCUCUAUGCCAAUAUGCCUGUUAUAAAUAUAUUAUAGGUUACAUUAAAUCUGAACCUACAGAAGCAAUUAAUGAAAAAAAGAAAACUGAAGAAAUAAAAAUUAGAAUCAAAUAUUUAAGAAACCCUUAUUUUGAUGAUCAUUUUGACAUUAAAGAUCUGUAUAUAGCAUCAGGCAAAACACUGGCAUGGAUAUCACAACAAAACAAUAACAAUUUAAACAAUAAUUUACAAUUAAUUGGAUGGUUGACAUACAGAAAAAAUGAUAAACUUGUGGCACUAUGUAACAACUUAUUUGAAAAUAAAUCUUCAAUAAUAUAUCCUGAAGUUAUUGAGUUACUCAAAAGAGAUUGUAACACUGUAGAAGAACAGUUUAAAAUAUCCUUAGAAAAUUGCAUUUCUAUGUUGAGUAAUGUCAAGCUUUCUGAAGUAUCAUUAGAAGAAUCACUGAAAACUCUUAUAGAAAAUGCUAUUAAUAAAAUUCAAAAUCAAGAUAUACUAGAACAACAAAAGUCAUUUAAAUUAUGGGAAGAAAUAAGAGAAGAAAAACUAGAAGAACAAACAAAACGUUUAGACAGAGCUAGGCGUUUGCAAUUAAUUCAAGAAAAAGAAGCUGAGAUGAAGGAAAGUGAACAAAAAUUAUGGUUUUUCGAAAAUGAGGAUAGUUUUGAUUUAGAAAUAGAAGAAAAAGAAAAACUUACAGAGGAAAGUGCUGCUAGAAAUGAAACAACAAAAAAUACUGAUGACAAUUAUAUUCCACCAGAAAUUUUACCUAAGCGAAAAUAAGAAUAUUUAAUAGGUUAUUGGAAUAAUUUUUAACUUACAGACCAUUUUACAGAAGAUUUAUUCAAAUGAUAUUGCGGAAGC